CAAUCUCGCUCCGCAACGGCAGUUCCAGGGCUCAGCUUCUUUCAGCAGCAGCACCACUCGCCUCAAGCCGCGACCGCAGGAUUUGAUAUUCAAUGGCUGGAAAUCUAGAUAUCAAGUGGCCGAAAUGAAUGUGAACCCUAUCUUAGAGGAGAUUCUGAUUAAAAGAUCACAGCAGAAGAAAAGGACUUCUCCCUUAAAUUACAAAGAAAGGCUUUUCGUGCUUACGGAAUCAAUGUUGACAUACUAUGAAGGUCGAGCAGAGAAAAAAUACAGAAAGGGAUCUGUUGAUAUUGCAAAAAUCAAGUGUGUUGAAAUUGUGAAGAAUGAUGGUGCCAUUAUUCCCUGUCAAAAUAAAUAUCCAUUUCAGAUUGUAUAUGAUGCUAAUACACUUUACAUUUUUGCGCCCAGUGCACACAGCAGGGAUCAGUGGGUGAGGAAUCUUAAAGAAGAAAUAAAGAAAAAUAGUAAUAUAAUGGUAAAGUAUCAUCCUAAAUUCUGGACAGAAGGAAUUUAUCAAUGUUGCAGACAAACAGAAAAAUUAGCACCUGGCUGUGAAAAAUACAAUCUUUUUGAAAACAGCAUAAGGAAAUCACCUUCUCCAAUACCAGAUAAAAAUAAGCGAAGGCCUCCACCACCUGUUCCGCCAGCUGAGGAAGAUGAAGAUGAAGAUGAGGAAAUAGUAGUAGCAAUGUAUGAUUUUCAGCCCACAGAGUCUCAUGAUUUGAGACUAGAGAGAGGUGAAGAAUAUACAAUAAUUGAAAAAAAUGACAUUCAUUGGUGGAAAGCAAGAGAUAAAUAUGGAAGCACAGGAUAUAUUCCAAGCAACUAUGUAACAGGAAAGAAGUCCAACAACCUUGAUCAGUAUGAAUGGUAUUGCAGAAAUCUGAACAGAAGUAAGGCAGAACAACUUCUCAGAGAUGAGGAUAAAGAAGGUGGUUUUGUGGUGAGGGACUCUAGUCAGCCGGGUCUGUAUACGGUAUCCCUUUAUACAAAAUAUGGAGGAGAAGGUUCAUCAGGAAUAAGACACUACCAUAUAAAAGAAACAAUGACGUCACCAAAGCAGUACUAUCUAGCAGAAAAACAUCUUUUUGACACCAUUCCAGAGAUAAUCGAGUAUCAUAAACAUAAUGCAGCAGGUCUUGUUACACGGUUGCGAUACCCAGUGACGCCAAAGAAGAAGCCUGCACCAACUACUGCAGGGUUCAGCUAUGAGAAAUGGGAAAUUAAUCCAUCAGAGUUGACCUUCAUGAGAGAAUUGGGGAGUGGUCUCUUUGGAGUGGUGCGUCUUGGCAAAUGGAGGGCACAAUAUAAAGUAGCCAUCAAAGCAAUCCGAGAAGGUGCAAUGUAUGAGGAGGACUUCAUAGAAGAAGCUAAAGUAAUGAUGAAGCUAACCCAUCCUAAAUUAGUUCAGCUGUAUGGGGUCUGUACACAGCAAAAGCCUAUUUACAUAGUGACAGAGUUCAUGGAACAUGGGUGCCUUCUGAAUUACCUUCGACAAAAACGUGGACACUUUAAUAAAGAUACCCUGCUGACAAUGUGCCAGGAUGUAUGUGAAGGGAUGGAGUACUUGGAGAGAAACAGCUUUAUCCACAGAGAUCUGGCUGCCAGAAACUGUUUAGUGAAUGAGUCAGGAGUGGUGAAAGUGUCUGAUUUUGGAAUGACAAGGUACGUUCUUGAUGACCAGUACACAAGCUCUUCAGGUGCUAAAUUUCCUGUAAAGUGGUGUCCCCCAGAGGUUUUUAAUUAUAGCCGAUUCAGCAGCAAAUCAGAUGUCUGGUCAUUUGGUGUUCUAAUGUGGGAAGUAUUUACUGAGGGUAAAAUGCCCUUUGAGAAAAAUACAAAUUAUGAAGUGGUAACUAUGGUUAGCCAAGGACAGCGUCUGUAUCGGCCAAAAUUAGCUACCAAGAAUGUGUAUGAAGUGAUGGUGAUGUGCUGGCAUGAGAAACCUGAGGGACGCCCUACAUUUGAAGAUUUGCUGCGUAUAAUUGAUGAGAUAGCGGAGAGUGAAGAUGCUUUCUGAAGAAGAGGA